AGGGAUUCGUGGUGAAGGUCCGGGGCUUGCCCUGGUCUUGCUCGGCAGACGAAGUGCAGCGUUUUUUUUCUGAAAAUUUUCCUAAUGAAGAUUUGGUAAUUGUGAAGAGUUCUUGCUCAUCUAGUUCUUGAUCUGGCUCACUUUACAGUUGAGGACACUGAAGCCCAGGGAAGUUCACUUGCCUAUGUAGAUUUUUUUCCAGUAUGCAGGUUUCCUGAGUAAUUCCUACCAAAAUGUCCUUGGUCUUAGUGUGAGUUCAGACUGAUACAGAUAUAUUUGGGAGAAAUUUGCAGGUUUUGGAAGGACACUUGUAGGAUUGACCUACUAUCUGAAUUUAGCAUUGGUAACGGAAAACGACCUGUAAAACGAGAACCAAGUACACUGGAAGCCACCUUGCAGUGAGCAAGACUGGGUUUGGCUUCAGCUGUGCAACUUGGAGCAUUUUAGCUUGCCUAACAUUGAUCCCCUUUUAGGUGAGUAUUGGCCCUGCAAUUUGGAUUCGCAGGAGAAAUUGUAUAUGGCUGCCAGUAAGGUAAAACUAUCAAGUGCCUCAGACCGAAACGUGAAACCAGACUCAGAAAAUGGCAUAAAAUCAGAGUCCAGACUCAGUUUAUGAGAGGUUACAAAGGAUGUUCAAUGGAGAGGACUUGGAGAUAAUUUUGUUAAGAAAUUGCUUUGACUAUUGGAUUUUCUUGAUGCAAUGGGAAGGCGUCCAGAGAAUAAGAAAGUUUGGGGGAAGAUAAGUGCUUAAGUACUAGAAAGUGUCCCUGGGAAUUGGUACUAUGGGUCAUUCUAGGCUUUGCAGAAGUUCUGCCUAGUAGUAGGGGAAUACACAGGCGUUUCAUCUGUAUCACCCAGAGGUGGUUUUUUAGUUUUAAAUUCUGUAUUAACGGUUGUUUUCUUUCCAGACUGCAAAAUUCAAAAUGGGGCUCAAGGUAUUCGUUUCAUCUACACCAGAGAAGGCAGACCGAGUGGCGAGGCUUUUGUUGAACUUGAAUCAGAAGAUGAAGUCAAAUUGGCCCUGAAAAAAGACAGAGAAACUAUGGGACACAGAUAUGUUGAAGUAUUCAAGUCAAACAACGUUGAAAUGGAUUGGGUGUUGAAGCAUACUGGUCCAAAUAGUCCUGACACGGCCAAUGAUGGCUUUGUACGGCUUAGAGGACUCCCCUUUGGAUGUAGCAAGGAAGAAAUUGUUCAGUUCUUCUCAGGGUUGGAAAUCGUGCCAAAUGGGAUAACAUUGCCGGUGGACUUCCAGGGGAGGAGUACGGGGGAGGCCUUCGUGCAGUUUGCUUCACAGGAAAUAGCUGAAAAGGCUCUAAAGAAACACAAGGAAAGAAUAGGGCACAGGUAUAUUGAAAUCUUUAAGAGCAGUCGUGCUGAAGUUAGAACUCACUAUGAUCCACCACGAAAGCUGAUGGCCAUGCAGCGGCCAGGUCCCUAUGACAGACCUGGAGCUGGCAGAGGGUACAACAGCAUUGGCAGGGGGGCUGGCUUUGAACGGAUGAGGCGUGGUGCUUAUGGUGGAGGUUACGGAGGCUAUGAUGAUUAUAAUGGCUAUAAUGAUGGCUAUGGAUUUGGGUCGGAUAGAUUUGGAAGAGACCUCAAUUACUGUUUUUCAGGAAUGUCUGAUCACAGAUACGGGGAUGGUGGCUCUACUUUCCAGAGCACAACAGGACAUUGUGUACACAUGCGGGGAUUACCUUACAGAGCUACUGAGAAUGACAUUUAUAAUUUUUUUUCACCGCUCAAUCCUGUGAGAGUACAUAUUGAAAUUGGUCCUGAUGGCAGAGUAACUGGUGAAGCAGAUGUCGAGUUUGCAACUCAUGAAGAUGCUGUGGCAGCUAUGUCAAAAGACAAAGCAAAUAUGCAACACAGAUAUGUAGAACUCUUCUUGAAUUCUACAGCGGGAGCAAGCGGUGGUGCUUACGAACACAGAUAUGUAGAACUCUUCUUGAAUUCUACAGCAGGAGCAAGCGGUGGUGCUUAUGGUAGCCAAAUGAUGGGAGGCAUGGGCUUGUCAAACCAGUCCAGUUAUGGCGGCCCAGCCAGUCAGCAGCUGAGUGGUGGUUAUGGAGGCGGCUAUGGCGGCCAGAGCAGCAUGAGUGGAUAUGGCAGCCAAGGCGCAGUGAACAGCAGCUACUACAGUAGUGGAAGCCGAGCAUCUCUGGGCGUGAACGGAAUGGGAGGGAUGUCUAGCAUGUCCAGUAUGAGUGGUGGAUGGGGGAUGUAACUGAUCCUGAUCACUGACUCUUGGUCAACGUUUUUUUAAAAAAGUUUAACAGUUUUGCAAUACAAGCUUGUGAUUGAUGCUUACUCUUAAGUGGAAAUCAGGAUUGUUUUAAAGACUUAAGGUUCAGUAUUUUUUGAACACAAACAUUCAUCUAGGAUGUAACAAUGGAGUAAACUAUAACUGUUAAACAAUUUUCAGCUUUUCUCUAGUUCUAUUGUAGGAUGUACUUAAGCAGCAAGUGUAUUUAGGUUAAAGCAGUUGAAUUAUGUUAAAUGUUGCUCUUCUACCACAUUACAUUGAACACUGUUGGGAUGCAUGUUGAAAGACAUGCUUUUUUGUAAAACUCAAUAUAGGAGCUGUGUCUACAAUUAAAAGUGAACACAUUUGGCAUGUUUGUUAAUUCUAGUUUCAUUUAAUAAUCUCUAAGGCACGUAAGUUGAAGCUUUUUUUUCUUUUUAAGUUAAUGGGGGACUUUGAGACGCAACACCAUACGUUAGGAUUUUGGUCUUGGUGUUUGUAUGAAAUUCUGAGGCCUUGAUUUAAAUCUUCCCUUGUAUCGUGAUUUCCUUUUAGGUGUAUUGCGCUAAGUGAAACUUGUCAAAUAAAUCUUCCUUUUAAAAACUGCA